AUGGAUACUUCCACUUGUAGAGUCGGGAAACGCCCUCGCGCGGUUAACAAGUCGUGUCUGCCUUGUCGUGCUCGCAAGGUUAAGUGCGAUGCUAAUGUUAUUGGACUUCCGUGUAGCAGCUGUACUAGCAGGCAGUGUACCGAGGGUUUCAUCCACUCGCAUCCAUCGAGGCAAUCUUCCAUCUCGGAUUCUCAGGAUGACCAAAGUACACGCCAACAGACUGAGCGAGAUCUGCUGUACCUUAACAUCCUGGGCGAGGCUGUCAAGGAGCCGAAGAGAUCCAGUCGACGUCAUCCGGAAGAGGUCCUUACUCCGAGGAAUUGUCUUUGGACCAGGCUGCCUCAGUUAGAUGAGGUUGACAAUGAGUAUCUGCUGAGGAAGGGUGUCUUUGACCUUCCUUCCCAACCCUGUUUAGACGCCCUCAUCAAAACCUACUUCGAAUACGUCCAUCCUUUCGCCCCCGUAAUCAACAGGGUCGACUUCAUCCGCGGCUACCAAUCCGGCGACUGCUCCUUACUCCUCUUACGCACCAUCCUGACAGCCGCCAGCGUCCACGCUCCCGCAGAUGUGCUCUCCGCCUGCGGAUUCGCCAGCCGCUCAGAUGCACAGGAGUCUUUCUUCACCACGGCCAGGCUGCUGCAUGACUUUGCGGUGGAAGAUGAUCUGCUGAUGCUGCAGGGUUCGAUCAUUCUUUGCAUGGUUAUACUUGACCAUCCGACGGAGUGGGAUUUUGGGUAUUGGCUGCAUAAUGCGAUUCGGCUGGCUACGAGGCUGGAUUUGAGGACUGUAUGCAUUCGAGAAAUCAAGUCACGCAAGAUUUUGAAAGUGUACAGAAGGAUUUGGUGGGCUCUUUACUCAUUGGAUGUCUUCCACGUCUACGUCAAUACCAGACGUAUGCGACUACUCGAAGACGCGACCGGUAUCAAGCCCCGCUCGGACGAGGACUGUGAAACGGACGACGACGACUCAAACGCAUCUCCCGGCCUGCUUUCAGCGCUCACGCUGCAGCAAAAGAUGGCGCCAAUCAUCCAAUCCGACCUGUGUCGUACCGCUGGAGAAUGCCUAUCCACGGCCAUCAACAAGCCGCAGCAGUCUCCACGCAACGUCCUCCAGCCAAUGGAUACAUGGCGCAAGUCUCUCAUAACCCGGCUGCAUUUGGAUGAGAACGCCGGUAACGACUUGUGCUACUUGCAUAUCCAGGCUAUGAGCUACAGGUUUGAGUGCAUAGUGUGUCGACUCAUACUGCGGCAGCGGUCUCGAAGCGCCGAUGGGAAGGAGUGGGCCAAGCAGAGGCUGCGAAGUGCUAUACUGGAGCUCGACACGAUUGCCAUGAGGGUGCUGGCGAGUGGCACUCUCCAGGACUUCCCUAUAUCUUUCAUAACAACCAUAACCGCCCUCCUCGCCCUGCACAUCGAAUUCGCCCUCGACCCCGCCGAAACCGACCUCGUCCGCUCCAUGUCCCGCAUCUCCAUCAGCCAGACCAUGCUCGUCCUAACCGAGGGCCAAGAAAUCCCCGUCCUCAAGAGAGCCCUCCCGAUCUUCGAGGAGAUUCUCACGAAGAAGAAUCUGUACGUGGUCGGUCACGCACCUCCACUUCCACAGCAGGGGCAAGAUGCCGGUGUGGCGGAUCAGAGGGUUGGGGAGCUUGGUGAUAGUGGGCUGCAGCUGGGUCAGGGGGAGAUGGAUUCGAUGCUUUUUGAUGCUGAUUUUUUGGGGUUGGAUUUUUUGGAUGGGUGGUCGGUUGGGCAGGUGGGGUUUUUGGGGCAGUAUUGA